AUGGAUGAACGUUCAAUUAGAAAAUCCCUUCUAGGCACCUCUGUUGAAGAGAAAAGGCUUUACAGGUCAAGGAUCCAGAAGUUUCGUAAAUGCCAUACGCUUUAUGUGAUCCUGCUAGCGUCUCUUGCAGCAUUACAGUUUAUUGCCAUAGCAUUCUUUACUAGAGGGUUCCUUCUCACGAGGCAAGUAUUGGAUAACGUUUCUUCCCCUUUCCCUAAUCAAUACGGUAAAUUUGAUAAAGCCGUUGUACUUGUCAUAGACGCUUUGAGGUUUGAUUUCGUGAUACCGGUGGAUGAAUCUCAUCCGCAGCAUAAUCCUAAUUAUCACAAUAACAUCAAGGCCCUUUGGAAUGACGAGUCUUUGAAGGGAUCCUCACUGUUAUUCAAAUUUAUCGCAGAUCCGCCAACAACUACACUACAGCGGCUCAAAGGUUUAACCACAGGUUCCUUACCGACGUUCAUAGACGCAGGCUCCAAUUUCGACGGUAGUGUCAUCGAAGAAGAUAAUUUGAUCAAGCAGCUGUAUUUAGCACAGAAAAACGUGUAUUUUGCUGGUGAUGAUACUUGGAGUGCACUUUUCCAUCCGUUCCUUUCUGCACAGAGUGAACCUUACCCUUCUUUAAACGUUUGGGAUCUAGAUACUGUCGAUAAUGGUGUGAUGUCCUAUUUCGAACGACAUCUAUUAGAAGGUGGACAAACCCGCCAUCGUGAUUGGGAUGUACUUGUGGGACACAUGCUAGGUGUAGAUCACGUCGGACACAAGUAUGGACCCAACCACUUUACCAUGCGUGAAAAGCAACUACAAGUGGAUGAAUUCAUUAGGAAAAUUAUUGCCGCUAUUGAUAAGGAUACUUUGCUGAUUGUCAUGGGGGAUCAUGGUAUGGAUCAUACGGGGAACCAUGGUGGUGAUUCAAUUGAUGAAUUGGAAAGUACUUUAUUUUUAUACAGUAAGAGACCCGACAUGUGGCAACCUAAUGAGGACCCCAACGUUUAUGAUGUUAGUGAUUUGGGUAAAAAUUAUAAACAAGUCAAUCAAAUUGAUUUGGUUCCUACUUUAUCGCUUUUAUUGAAUUUGCCCAUACCUUUCAACAGUUUAGGUUGGCCCCUAGAAGAAAUAGCUACUAGCAAAAAAGAGUUUGAUUUCAAUGUUCGCCUUACUUUGCAACAACUGAGUAACUAUAAAAAUGUGAGCGGCAUGGUCACAAACUCGGAGAGACAAGCUGAAUUGGAUCACCUUUGGAAUUUAGCUAUGGAAAAUCCUAAGUUAGGCUUUGAUUUCCAGCGCAAUUUACUAGAGACCUGUAAAGAUUUAUGGGCAAGAUUCGAUUUUUGGAGUAUCGGAGUUGGAAUAACUCUAUUAGUGUUUUCCUUAAUCCUACUCUUAACUAUUACAAAAUUGAUUCCUUCUAUUGUUGUGAGUCAAAUGGUUUUCGAAUUUGUUCCCUGGAUAAUUGUUAUGAUAUUCAUCUCCAAUGCUUGUUUCCAAGGUGUAUUCUUCGUGUUCCAACAACCUGCAUUUGUCAGUGAUACCCUUUGGUGUUCUCUGCUGGCCACUGCAGUAGGUAUUGUCAUAGGAACGUUCAUACCGAUAUUUGAUCGCUACAACAUCAAAUGGAUGGUGGUUAGAUUUGUCGAAGAUCUUUCUGAAUAUUGGACUCGUAUUGGCGUUCUACUUCUAACGGUCCAUGCAUUAUUAUUCACUUCCAACUCUUUCACCAUUUGGGAAGAUCGAAUUGUAGCUUUCUUACUUAUUACGCUUGGUAUGCUUACCCUAUAUGAAUUCGUGUUUGUGCCCAAGAGACAAUCCACCAGUGCUCUUUUAACCGCCACUAUCAGUGAAAAACAAGGAACUGCCUCCGGUGCGAGCCAAUCAACUGCCAACUCUGAUUCUUUCCCAUUGACAAGAUUUGCGCGUCUACUGGGAGCAUACCAUUCAAUCGUGCUUGUGGUCUGCACGAGAAUAGCGUCCACAAUUACUAUUUGCCGGGAGGAACAAGGUGAAUACUGUACUCCCACUUUUACUACUGAAACCAAUUACUCAUUAUGGUGCAUGGGGCUCUGCCUGGUGAUAGUAGCCAUGAUACCAUCCUGCAUUAAAGGCUAUUACAAUCUUUCCUCAUCGUAUCAAGCGGCUGCUCCUAUUUGGAUUGACAUUUUCUUGAAAAGUUUCCUUUUCACGAACUUCAUCUAUUGGACAUUGGCAGCAUUGGAAAACAGUGUUUCCGACUGGUCUUGGAAUAUUACCGUUUUAAAAUUUACCAUCUCCCGCAUAAUAGCGGGAUUCGCUUUGAUUGCGUCUAAUAUCGGGUGGAUGAUGGGACCACUUUGCAUUAAGCUCAACCUCCAUAAUGCAGAUACCAAAUCUCAUCGAGCAACAAUUCUCGGUUAUUCCAAUAUCUAUGGGGCCCAAUAUUUUCUGUUAGUGAUUAAUGCUCUAAUGGGAAUAUUUCUUUUCAACAAGCCAUUGGCUCAGGUGUCAUUGUAUUUAAUGUGCAACCAAAUGCUUUCCAUUAUUGAAAUUUUCCAUCUAUUAAAAUUAAAAGAGAACAUCGUCGGUCCCUUUGCUCUAGCGCUACUAUCAUAUUCACAAUUUUUCAGCACAGGCCAUCAAGCAACUAUUCCGGCUAUUCAAUGGGAUGUUGGAUUUAUACUCUCUGAAACUAUUACUUUCCCACUGACUCAUUUGGCAAUAGUAUUAAACACAUUUGGUCCUCUCAUCAUAACGGCUUUGACAGUAGCGCUACUAACUCUUUGGGAACAACCUCCAGAUGUACUCAAGCCUCAAACUCUUUUGGGAAGACUGGUCUCAAACUGUGGGCUACUACUGGUAUAUCAUACGGUACUUUGUCUAAGUUCCUUUGUAUGGGUCACAUUUUUCCGUCGACAUCUAAUGGUUUGGAAGAUUUUCUGCCCCCGGUAUUUGUUUGCAGGUAUGAGUUUAAUCGUAGUUCAGUUGGUAGUAACAUUUGGAGCGGUGGCAUUAGCUAGUGGACGCUUAAUUCGUCAAAUUAACGAUAUAUUCUGGAAAUAA